AUGACGCUUUCCCUCGAACUCAAAAUACCUCCUCUGCUUGUCCUCACUCUCUGUUUGUUACUGCAGUACGCUUUAAGUGUUUAUGUGAGCCCGUUCUUGAUGGCCAAUUCGUCUUCUUCUUCUUCUUCUUCAUGGGAUUCGUUUUCACAGUUCCUUGCGAUACGGAUUGGAUUGAUGACGGUUGUGAUGGGAAUUGGAAUACUUAUUGCUUGGUUAGGAGUGAGAGCUUUUCAUCAAUCAAAAACAACAGUGAAUCCAUUAAAUCCGUCACAAGCAUCUUCAUUGGUUUCACAUGGAAUUUUUGAAUACACGAGAAAUCCAAUGUAUGUGGGAAUGAGUUUGGUUGCUUUUGGUGUUUCCUUGUUCUUGUUGGAUCCUUUGGCUUUUCUGUGUGUUCCAUUGUUUUCCAUGUAUUUAAAUUAUUACCAAAUUAUUCCUGAAGAAAGAGAAUUAAGGAAAAUAUUUGGAAAGGAAUUUGAGGAAUACAUGAUCCGAGUAAGACGAUGGAUUUAA